AUGGCAAAAAAUUUAUUUCGGAAUUGUGCAAAUGAAUGCUCUUCUACCUGGAGGCUGGAUGAGGUGCAGGCUUCUACCUGGAAGAAAGAGGAGGCCAGGGCCCGCGCCUCAGCAGCCAAUCAUGUGCGCUUCAGUGAGCAGGAGGCAGAGAUCAUCACAGAGGAAGGACGGCACCGGGGCUGUGGAGGUGGUGGCGGCGGCAGUGACGGGCGUGUGGGGUCAAAGGUCACGCCUCGACUCAAAAGACUUGCGGGACUACUGCGUCGAAAGAAGCAUGGACGGGGUGAAGGGAGUCCCUCUCGUCCCCCUCCCUCCAUCCUGAAGAACCAGGCGGUGGGGGCCAGGCAUACCGGUCAGCAGCAGCAGCAGCCGAUCCUGAAGGACGUGUGCGUCUACCUCAACCCCAAACGGCUGGCCGGCACUCCUCACCUCCUGCCGGAGAGCGGGGGCCUCCUGGAGGCCCUGCUGGGCGUGGUGCACCGGGGGGGGCGUGGCACAGGGCCACAGAGACUCACGGUCCACGGGCUGGUGCCCAACAGCCCUGCUAGCAGGAGUGGCCACAUACUCAUCGGAGAUGUCAUUCUGGCUGUCGAUGAUGUGGAGGUUACCUCAGAGAACAUUGAGAGGAUUCUGUCCUGCAUACCUGGCCCCACACAGGUGAGGCUGACUCUGGAGACGACGGCCCCGGAUGGCGGCGGCUGCCCGUUCGUCGAGGACGAGGGGAUCAGAGGUCGCGGCUCGGCGGCGGUCUCCCAGCUGGUGCGUCUGCUAUGGGGAGAGGACACAGUCGAGCUGCAGAUGGCCAUCUCUCACAUCCCCCACGUCAUCAUGUAUCUGUCGCUGCGCCUGGACACUGAACCCACGCAUGAGGAGCAGGAGAUACUGUACCAGUACCCUGUGUCUGAGGCGUCCGCUCAACUGAAGGGAGUGAGGGGCAUCUUCCUUACUCUCUGUGACAUGCUGGAGAAUGUCACCGGGGGACAGAUCAUCAGCUCCUCUCUCCUCCUGAAGAGGCAGCUGGUUCAUGUGGGCUACUGGAAGGAGGGGGACAACCUGCUGGUCAUCGGCCUGCCCGCAGACAGAGUGCCAUUGAUCUACCUGCAGUCAGUGGUGGAGGGAGUGGUGCGCACACUCAGGGUCAUGUACGGAUCUUUGGACAGUGCGUUCUGUGAGGAGGACAACUCUCCGCGGCUGGACCACUUCUUCUGCCUCUUCUUCCAGCAGCUCAUCCAGCCGUCCCGUUUGAUUGACAGCCCCACGACCCCUGACGUCUCGGGGACCCUCUUCCUGGACGGCCUGCCUGCCGUGCGCUGGCUCACUCUUCCCCCAGAGAUCAAGGUGGAGGUAGACACAGUGCUGUCAGACUUUGAGGCGGCUGAUUUUGGAGACAUGUCAGAGGACUUCUAUGGCAUGAGACGUCUCUAUGUCACCCUGGGCUCCUGUCUCUUCUACAAGGGCUACCUGAUAGCGAACCACCUGCCGAAGGAGGACCUGCGUGACGUGUGCCUCUACUGCCAGCACUACAGCCUGCUGCCACUGGCCGCCGAGCAGCGCGUGGGUCAGCUGGUCAUCUGGAGGGAAGUGUUCCCCCAGCGCCGAGCCCUGCACUCCCCACCGCUGGGCUACGCAGAACCCCUCGGACGAUACUUCCUGCUCAUCGUGGGCCUGAGGCAUCUGAUGCAGUGUGUGUUGCUGGAGGCGGGUGGCUGUGCGUCGGCCGUGGAGGGCGCGGUGGGUCCGGACUGCGUGUACGUGGACCAGGUCAAGGCCACGCUGCUGCAGCUGGAGGGCCUGGAGGUCGGCAUGGAGGAGCGCCUCAACGCCCCGCCCGCCCCCUGCCUCUCCUGCGCCGAUUGGUUCCUGCCCUCGGGGGCGGGGUUGGCGGGAGGGCAGGGUCAAGGUCAAACCGCCAGGGACCGCCUCCCGUCCAUCAGCCGAUUGGCCAACGCCCUGAGGCCCCCCCGCGCCCCCGGGCCGAGCCCCCAGCGGAGCCUGUCGGACAGCGGCAGCGAGGGUGGGCACGUGGACGUGGGCGGCGCCGCGAUGCCUCCCAGCCCCGGCUCCACGCCAGACUCGGCCCGCAAGACGCCGCCGGCCACCUCCGCGUCCGCGUUCGUCCGGCGGGACUCGCUUGGCUCGGGCGGAUCAGAUGGGAGCGGGGGCAGUGGGAGCCUCUUCAGGACCCCCAAACUGAAGCACCCAAACCCCUUCUACCUGGGUUCACUGAGGAAGAGCCUGACUGAGAGAGAGACAGAGGAAAUGAACAGCACACUGAAGCUGACGUCGGGUCUGGAGAACACCCUGUUCCACUACGUGCUGAUGGAGAGUGUGCAGGGCGUGUUCAUCGCCCCGACGCACCGCGACAUGGCCCAGCUCAGCGGCACCAUCCACCCGCAGCUCAUACGCAACUUCCACCACUGCUGCCUGUCCAUCAGGGCAGCCUUCCAGCAGAGCCUCCCGCCCAGGGAGAGGCGGGACAUGUCGCGGCAGCAUGGUGGUUUGGGCCCAGUGAAGGAGCAUGGGGUUCUGUUCCAGUGUAAACCUGAAAACUGGACCGACCAAAAGAAACCAGCACCCACCAUGACAUACUGGGUCAUUGGGCGAAUGCUUCUUGAACCCAUCCCUCAGGAGUUCUAUGUGUGUUUCCAUGAUUCUGUACCGGAGGUUCCCGUGGAGAUGGCCUUCAGACUAUCCUUUGGCCUUGCCUUAUGAUUCUUCCUCACACACACACACACACACACACACACUCUCCCUUCCUCAUGUAUGGCCAUGUGAGUCUAAGAUCUUCUGAUUGGAGAAGAUUGAUGCCUCACAUACCCUCCACAUGAUCUCUGAGCAGGAUCGACACUUUGAAUGCAGAACCUUGGACUUCAGCCAACCUCUACAUGUGAUGCAGGACAUCUCCUGUCAUGGGUCUAGCUAAUGGUGCUAUGCCCUGGGUCAGAGUAUGGUUUUGGACGUUGUGUUCAACCAUUAAUUAGUUCUCAGGAUCCACUCUUAUGGCCUGUCCACACAGCCAACGAUAACUAUUACGAUAUAACUAUAAAAUCUACAGUUUUAAGUAUCCUUCUAAUAACAAUUAUAACACAAUGACAUGAAUUACUAUAUUGUUGGGCGUCACUAUCAGUGAUUUUGUGAAUGAUAGAAAUGUUGACAGCAACAGACAGAAUCCAUCCGUGGAUGAUCAUAUCAUUAUAGUUAGUUAACGUUAACAGUGUGGAAGGACCUUUGAGUAAGCAGAAAAAGACUCAUGCAUCCAUUCGACUGAUGCUCAGGCCUUGAGAUUAAGGGUGGGAAUCGCAGAGUAACUCACGAAUCAAUACUGUUACGAUACUUUGCCCACGAUAACGAUAAUAUCACAAUUCAGCAAUGCUAAAUACAUUGCAAAAGAUUAAUCUAUGAUACCUGACGAAAAAAGCUGGAAUUAUGUAUAAACACAUUUGGUUGCUUUCGCAUCCACAUAAGGAAUAAGUAGACUCUUGACCUAUGGUAAUAAGGUUAAUUGACGUCUUAGGUUAAGACACAGUUGUAUGGGGGAGUUGCGGUGUCCGUACCAUACCAAAUGGUACCAAGUGCCCAUGGGGUCCUCUCCCGAUCCCACCCUGCCCUUCUCUCCCACUCACCUCCUGUCCUUCUUCACUGUCCUAUCUGACUAAGGCAAACAUCACAAAGAAAUACACUUUAAAAAGACACAGUUUUAAAUCAUGUGAAGUAAUAAGUUGAUGUGAUUGCGUUUGUCCAGGAUGCCUAUCCAGAAGGAGGGAGGUAAACAUUAUGAAAUAAUAAUAAAAUAAUAAUAAUAAUAAUAAUAAUAAAAAUAAUCCAGGGUCUGGAAAUCUGUCUGCUAAUCCUGGUUAUGUUUACAUUUGGCAAUGUGUGCUUUCUGGCAUUGCAAUCAGGGCAUCUUCUUGUUACUGUUUUGUUAGCAGGUAACUGUUUUCUGUCAUGUACUAGGUCAGUAGAGUUUGUGUGGUACCAAUAGGACAGUGUAGUUAGACGUUACAUACAGAUUUUUCAUGGGAAAAGCAAGUGUUCAGAGAGAUUGAAAAACCACUAAACCCUUUUUCUGCCACUAUGCUGAAAUGGCUGCUACAAGUCAUUUUGAAUCAUGUGGGUUGACCCCCCUCCCUCAGAAUUGUGCUCCUUUGUUGUGGAUGUAACAUGUAACAUUAUUUUCAGUAUGUGAGUCUGAAACAGAAAAAAAGCUUGUGUGUACCAGUACAAAAGCUUAUUACAAAUGUUUUUCAUGGGAUUAUAGCCAAGUGCAGACAUAUGUAGCCUGUCAGGUUCAACAGUAUGUUGAUCCCCUUUUCACACCAAAAAAACAUUCAACUGCACACAACAUUCCAUUCAAUCAAGGAUGAGGAAGUAUACCCUGUCAUUAUACCAACUGCUUUGCCAUUGGGCAUUUUGGUACAAUUUAAUCAGUGCCUCAACAGACAGAGACUGGUGGCCAGCGACACACUGGCAUUUCAGUUGCCUUUUGUGGAGUAGAACUCCAAUUGUAUGUUUCAAAGGGACUUGAGAUUUUUUUUAUACUGUAUUUAAGAUAAAUAUUUUUUAUGAACUGUCAGAAAUUGGGAAAUUAAA